CCGUAUAUGGGUACGAAGAAGACCACCCCGCCGCCAAAUCAAUUCGCAAAAAUUAUAGCAAUGAUCUAUGGAUGCACUACAACAAUUUUCAAAAAGAAUUUCUGAAAAACAAUUAGAUUUGGUGAUGUUAUACGGAUUUAUAGAUUGUACGUAUUACGGUUGACGUUCGGGGUCCUUCCAAUAUUUCAGCGCGGAAGGUGCAUCCCACCUCCGUACCUGCCAUUUAGGUUUUCUAUGUGUGCCCUCACUAUAGAAAUCAACACAUCCGCUAUAAUGUGCUUCGUAUAGUCUGGGUACGUAAGUCUUUGUUGAAAACAAGAUGUUUCUAUCACCCGCAUUUGGUCUAGAACACCUGCGCCCAGCUAUUAGUUCUGACGAUAUAUACGAAAAGUUCUCGGCUUUAAUCUUGAUAUUGUUUCUUAACUGCCUAAUACGACUUCAGCCCUGGUUUGGGCCAAGAUGCGGCACGACCAUCAUCACAUCCUCAAAUCUUUGCCGUCGUCCUCGCAACCACAUAUCAAUAUCAUAUCUCCUAUCUCAUCUUAUCUCGAGAUGCAAGAAUGAUGACGAUACACCUAUGAAAAAUUAGAGAUCUUACUCGCAUGAACACUUAUUGUAACGAUGUCUUCAGCGUCAUCAGUUACUACAUUCCUCCCUACAGGCGCUAUAUCCCACUGGUGUUUAGCGCCUUUGUCCCCGCGCAAACAGCUCUUCGCUAACCCUUGCCCCGCGCCUUACCACCCUCCGCCUCCCCAUAGCAGCUUCAGCUUCAGCGGGAGUGCACCUUCUCCACCCCCGAUUCCAACCUCGCAUCGCAAUGACUUCCAAAGCAUAUGCUGCGACGGCCAUAUCGUCGAUACUUCCCUAGACAUAUAUAAUCUCUCGGGUCCUCUCAAACACCCUAAUCCUUUUCCGGUUUCUAACUCCGAUAUCGAACCGCACCCAAUCAACUUAUCAGAUCUCAUCUGCUGCGGUAUCUCCGGGACACAAACCGAGGCGCUAAGCUUCACACCGAGUCCUAGGACCACAUGUGCACCAGGAACCGCAGGUACACCAUUAGCAAGUUUGGCCGCGACGAAUGUCUCAAGCGCUAGUUUAUAUCCCGUAACAUACGCCAGUGACACACCAAGCGCGAAUCCAUCGGCGACAGUCACCAACGACCUAUGGGGAUGGGGCGUUGCUCCUAGUUAUGGUGCAUCAGGCACGCCGGUGUGCUUAUGGGUUAACACGGUAGAGAGCGAUGUCAGCGUAGCAGAAGUCACGGUACCGGCUACAUAUGUCGCUCCUACUGCUUCGGCCACGGAUACCGGUUCAGGAUCUACGGCCUCGCCUACUUCAAGUGCUGCUGUGCCAAUUACGAGGGCGGAAUUGACGACUCGUUUAUGUGUUACGUUAGGGUUGAUGGCCUUAGGUGUACUUUUCGCUUAAGAAUCGACUUUUGCGACUUUGUUUAUUUGUAUAUACGUUGAUGAUACGAUUUAUUACGAAAAGCGAGAUACGACGUCUAUUUUGGACAUAUUUUAACGGUUGGUGAUGGUUGGUUAUGUUGGUAUGAAAAUGGUAUAUAUUCUAGGUCAAAUGCGACUGAGUGUUACACGAAAAUGAAUGCAACCCUCGGCUUCCUUCCGAAAAGAUUAGUUAUUGUAAAAUUCGGGGGCUACACAAUACACAGCUAGAGAGA